CAAGACCCAGACGCGCUACUUCCUUGCUCCACUAUCUUCUCCAAGAAAGGAUAACGCGCUUAGAGACAGGAAAUAGCCACCAAAGGAAAAUGGUACCUUGUUUAUGCUCAGUUACUCUAUCAUCUACGACCAUGUCCAACAUCAUUUCAAACCAAACUUACCUCUCCAUGCUCGAUAAAAAUUGCACUAAUAUGAAAGACCUUAAAAAAGUCCAUACCCAAUUCAUUAAAACUGGUCUAGCCAAAGACCCUUUUGCGGCUAGCCGGAUAUUAGCCUUUUGCACCUCUCCGGCCGGUGACAUCAACUAUGCAUAUUUAGUUUUUACUCAAAUUCACAACCCAAAUCUCUUCAUAUGGAAUACUAUCAUUAGAGGCUUUUCCCAAAGCUCCAAUCCACAAAAUGCAAUUUAUUUAUUCGUCAACAUGUUACUCAAUUCGCCAAUUCAACCGCAAAGACUCACUUAUCCUUCAGUUUUUAAAGCGUAUGCUCAGCUUGAUCUUGCCCAGGAAGGAGCUCAGGUUCAUGGUAGGGUAAUAAAGAUGGGACUUGAAAAUGAUCCCUUUAUACGAAAUACAAUCUUGUAUAUGUAUGCAAAUUGUGGGUUCUUGAAUGAAGCAAAAAAAUUAUUUGAUAGAGCUAUUAUGAAUUUUGAUGUUGUUGGGUGGAAUAUAAUGAUCAUGGGAUUUGCUAAAUGUGGAUUAAUUGAAGAAUCUAAAAGAUUGUUCGACAAAAUGCCAUUGAAGAAUAUAGUUUCGUGGAAUUCAAUGAUUAGUGGGUAUGUUAGGAAAGGCAGAUUUAUUGAUGCAUUGAAGGUCUUUCAUGAAAUGCAAAAGUCUAGGAUUAAGCCUAAUGAAUUUACAAUGGUGAGCUUGUUAAACGCUUGUGGUUGCUUAGGAGCAAUUAGGCAAGGGGAAUGGAUUCAUGAUUAUAUGGUGAAAAAUAAAUUUGAAAUGAAUUCUAUAGUUAUUACAGCAAUUAUAGACAUGUAUUCAAAGUGUGGAAGCAUUGAAAAGGCUCUUCAAGUAUUUAAGAGUGCACCAAAGAAAGGAUUGUCAUGUUGGAAUUCAAUAAUUUUAGGCCUAGCUAUGAAUGGUCUAGAAAAAGAAGCAAUCCAAUUAUUUUCAAAACUUGAGUCGUCAAAUUUGAAACCAGAUAAUGUUAGUUUUAUUGGUGUCUUGACAGCUUGUAAUUACUCUGGCUUGGUGGAUAAAGCCAGGGAUUAUUUCUUGUUAAUGAAAGAAAGAUACAAGAUUAAACCAUCUAUGAAACAUUAUAGUUCUAUUGUUGAUGUGCUAGGCCGAGCAGGAUGCAUAGAAGAGGCAGAAGAGCUAAUAAGAAGAAUGCCUAUGGAUCCAGAUACAAUUAUAUGGGGAUCAUUACUCUGGUCUUGCUGCAAAUAUGGAAAUAAAGACGUGGCAAAACGAGCAGCAAAACGUUUAAUAGAAUUAGAUCCAAGUGAAAGCUCAGGUUUUGUACUUAUGGCCAAUGUUUAUGCUGCCUCUAGUAAUAUUGAGGAAGCAAUAAAGCAAAGGCUUUCUUUGAAAGAAAUGCAGAUAGAGAAAGAAACUGGAUGUAGUUCAAUUGAAGUGAAUGGGGAAGUUCAUGAAUUUGUAGCCGGUGGAAGGAAGCACCCAAAAGCCAAAGCAAUCUACCAUAUACUUACUGGAUGUUCUGGAAGUGACAUAUGUAUUUAAUUAAGCAACAAGCUAUAUUAGGCAAUGUAUGGACGAGGGAAUUCAACAAUCCA